UUCUUUUUCUUCGUGUGUCGCUAGUUUUAACAACGAUAAAAUAUGUGUUAAAUCUUUUGUGCUUGAUCUCCCAAAACUUAAAAGUUAACCGGCGUCGCAACGUGUUGCUGUUCUUCGCAGUUCACAGUUUACACGACUAACAUAGUAGCAGAUCGGCAACUUCAAUUGACUUCAACUGCGCUGUUGGUUUGGUAAUCGACAAUAGAUCUUUAGAUUAAAAAAUGGCGCCUUAAUUAUUAAAUGCGUCGUUCGAUCAAGGAUGGCGCCAGGAGCUAUCGCCUAUGUUCGCAUCAAAGAAGAUCUUCUUUGGCUCGCAUAACCCUGUUGUAUGAAACUUCGUGUAAACAAAAGUUGUGACGAUAUACAUUUAAUUAUUACAAAUUAAAAAAAUAAGAUAAAAUUAUUUCAUCGAACAUUAUGUAUUAAGUUAAACGUUCAUAUUUAUAUCAAUUUAUAAAGAUGAAUACCAACAAGAAGAUCAAUAUAAACUUUUCGUCUUUGGUGGGCCUAAAAGCAGAGCUUUUAAGAAAACAACUUGAAGUGAACGAAGUCAAAUUAAAAUCAGAAAUUAAUCAUACUAUACCAAAAGUUAAGAAGAGGCCUAAAAAGGUUAAGGAAAAGAGUGCAGAAGAAAAUACAGAGAAAACAGAAUACAUUGAAGACGUGAACACCCAUAAAAAGUCAAAAUUAAUGUUGGAAGCAAAAGCAAGAUUGUAUAAACGGUUAAAAAAGUCCAAACAUAAUAAUGAAAAUUUCCUUGUAGAUUUUAUGAAUAAGUCCGAUGAAUCCGAAGAGGAAACAUUGUCGAAUAGCGAGAAAGAAGAUAACAAUGCAACGUUUGGGAAUGAAGAUGAUUGGGUUGAAUAUGAAGAUUGUUUUGGUCGUACAAGAAAAUGUUUACGUGAAGAUUUAUCUGUUAUGCAAGAAAAGGAUAACUUAAUCAAGCAACAAAUUGUUAACAAAAAAGGUAUUGAUUCCAAAAUUAAAGAUAAUAUUAUACAUACCACUGUAACAGAGGAGAAAGAACCUGAAAUAGAAAUUAUGAGAAGAAAAUGGGAAGAACAAAUGCAGAAAUUAACAGAUAAAUCAAAUAUACACUACCAGGAUGUUUUGUUUGAUGAAGCAAGAGCUCAUGGUGUCGGUUACUAUGCAUUCUCACAAGAUGAAGAGGAGAGAAUCAAACAACAAGAGAACUUAUUUAAUUUAAGGAAAGAGACAGAACGAAAACAGAGAGAAAGUAAAGAACUAAAAGAAUUGAGGGAUAGAAUGGAGCGCAAUAGAAUAAAAGCUGCUAAGAUUAGGCAAAGAAUUAGGGCAGGCUUACCAAUAGAAUUGGAAGAAGAGGAAGUCAAAGAAAAAGAAAAGGCAGAGUCGAACGCAGGCAUAUCAGAGACAAGUAACAAAGAAGAAAAUUGCAAUAAGGAGGAAGAAAGCAAACCCAUAGAUAAAGAGAGCAAAAUAAAAGCCUUAGGAGAAUUGUUGGGUAAAAGAGGUCCCUGGUAUGAAAUGUCUCAAGAAGAAUGGGUACACAAAUGUAGAAAAGUUAGAAUUAACGAAUUUGGUCCAGUUUAUGAUAAUUUUAAAAGCGACGGCUAUUUAGUACGCAAUGACAAUGAUAAAAAAUCUGAUUCUUCCGAUACAACUACACAAAAUAAAUUGGAAACCAAUGAUAAUGAGAAUAUUGAUUCCUAUGAUAUUCCACUUCCUCCUACGUUAGAAAGCUAUGUCAAUACUGAGAACGAUACUAUUUUGCAAACAGGUUGUAAUACUUCCCAUGAAGCUGGAAGUAUAUAUAUAAAAAAAAAUAUUUCUCCCAAUAGUAUACAAAAUCAAAUGAAAGUUAACAGAAAUAUAGAUGAAGCAAGUAUAGCAGCAGGACUGAGGUAUUUGAGAGAAGAAUUUGAAAAAGGACAAAAUAUUUGAAAUAUUGUAUAGUAUAAUAGUCAUUAAAUGUUUAUUAUGUGUUUGUGAAUUUGAGCCUUAAGACAUAUAUUUAAGAGAACCAAUUUCGUUUAUAACAGAAAAAUGUUGAAGUAUUCUAUAAGGGAAAAAUGUUCUAUGACUUGUAAAUAUUUAUAUGUAUAUAUGUAUAUUUGAUACUUCAGGUUAUUAAAGACACUGACAACCAUA